AGGAGGAGCAGCCUGGAAUGAUGACGUCAGAUUGGAAUGAGGGAGUGAAUGUUCCGGGUCACAAACUGGACGAGAGAGGAAAUUAACUCCGGGACGGAAAAAAAAGAAAGAAAAAGCUCCCCUGUUCUACGCUGAGAUGUUACCUGUUUUACUGACGGCGAAAAGAAACGGAAACGAGCGACAGGACGAGAGGCGAACCGAAAUAAAACAGGUGUUGACAAACUAACCAAAGUGGGACAGCGACACCGUAAUUCCCAUGCUCGUCGAAACCGAAGCUUGGGUCGGCACCGCGGUUUGAUACUCGCGGCUGAGUUUCGGUGUUUGCUGGCUUUCUGUGAGUUUGGCUUCGUUCGACUGGCAAUUUAGUCCGGGACGGUCUCGUCGGAGCUAACUGUUGCGUCUCCCGUCCCGUUGUGCUGGUUCGGGUACGAGGUUAGUCAUGUUUCACUGCAUUCCCCUGUGGCGGUGCAACCGUCAUGUGGAGAUGAUCGAUAAACGCCACUGCUCCCUGGCUUAUGUGCCCGACGAGAUUUACCGCUACGGACGCAGUUUGGAGGAGCUGCUGCUCGAUGCCAACCAACUCCGGGACUUGCCAAAGCCAUUUUUCCAGCUGGUGAAACUACGGAAACUUAGCUUGAGUGACAAUGAGAUCCAUAGGCUUCCACCAGAAAUAGCCAACUUCAUGCAGCUGGUAGAGCUCGAUGUCUCUCGAAAUGAUAUUAUGGAAAUUCCAGAGAGCAUUUCUUACUGCAAGACUCUCCAAGUGGCAGAUUUCAGUGGAAAUCCUUUAACAAGAUUACCUGAGAGCUUUCCAGAACUACGGAAUCUAACAUGCCUUUCCCUCAAUGAUAUUUCAUUGCAGGUUCUUCCAGAUAACAUCGGAAAAUUUGUUCUGGAUGAGGUAGGCAGUAUGAAAAGCCUAUUAUGUUUGGAUGUAUCAGAAAACAAACUGGAGCGACUUCCAGAGGAGUUGGGGAACUUGAUGUUGCUCACUGAUCUGCUGGUGUCUCAGAACCUGAUUGAUGCUCUACCUGAAAGUAUUGGAAAUCUACAAAAACUUUCUAUUUUGAAAGCUGACCAAAAUAGACUUACUCAUCUUCCAGACAGCAUUGGCGGCUGUGAAAGUCUCACUGAACUGGUGCUCACGGAGAACGAGUUACAGAGUUUGCCAAGAAGUAUUGGGAAACUGAAGAGAUUAUCCAACUUAAACUGUGACAGAAAUCAGCUAACAGCAUUACCUAAAGAGAUCGGUGGCUGCAGUGGCCUAAAUGUCUUCUGUGUGCGAGAAAACAGGCUGACAAGGAUACCAUCAGAGCUGUCACAAGCCACAGAACUGCAUGUGUUUGAUGUCUCUGGAAACAGGCUCAGCCAUUUACCGAUGUCAUUGACCACACUGCAACUGAAGGCCUUAUGGUUGUCAGAGAAUCAGUCGCAGCCUCUCCUGACCUUCCAGACUGACGUGGAUCCUGACACAGGCGAGAAGGUGCUCACUUGUGUGCUGCUCCCUCAGCAGCCCUCUGAAUGUGACAGCAAAGGUUCUGAUAAUCUCACACGUUUUGGAGCUCUGGAGAGUCUUGUUAAUGAUGUGCCAGCAGACACGUGGGAAGACAAAGCCACAAACCGGGUCAGUGCCAUUCACUUCCUGGAUGAGGAUGAUGAGAAUGAGGAUGAUGAAAAGGGAACACUGCUUCGACGGGCAACACCUCACCCUGGUGAGCUGAAAACUAUGAAGAAAGCAGCUGAGAACCUCCGUAAUGACAUGAAUGCCGCCAAAGGCCUGGACUCCAACAAAAAUGAGGUCAAUAAUGCUGCAGACGGAAUGACCACAUCUGUGUGACCUUUACCUCAGCAAUGGUUUUUACCUCCUGUGUCUCGCCGUGUCAUCCUGCACAGCCCCACAGUCCCUACCUUUAUUUUUUGUUGUUCUUGUGGCUACAAACCCUGGUUUUGCCUCUUCCUCCUCUGAUUAAAUCCCGGGAUGCCUGUAACCGUACUCCAUUUUUAGUCUUGUGUAAACUUUGUUUUGCUUCGUCUCCCAGGGCCACCGUGCCUUUUUAAAUGAUGCCUGCAGAAUUAAUAUGCAGACAUCCUCUUUUUAAUAGAUAUUUUAAAGAUUUAUUACUUUUUUAAAUCUCUUCUUAAAAUAUGUGUACACAUUAGGUAGUUGCACUAUUAUACGUCUAUAAUGUGGUAACAUUUUGUUAAAUGUGUUAUAUAUUUGUUUUAUAUUUUUAAAACACUGGGUGAAUAUUUUUUACAUUUGGGGCAAAUAUAACACCAGCUUUUGGACCUACUGAUUAAGGAUUAUUGUAUAGUCAUUUGUGAAUAUUGAUACUUUUAUACCUUUUGGCAGCUCAGAUGUAAAUAAAAAUGUACAGCAAAUUUUUUAAUCAGCAGAUUUAGACUUUUUUUUUCUGUUUUUCAGUGUGGUACUUUUCUCUUCAGAUUCAAGCAUUGAACAAACACUAAUGUCUUAUUAAAACCACUUAAUUGAGUGGGUAGACAGCCUUGAAUCUUUUAUCUGUUCGUUUGUAAAAUGUCCUGCUGUAAGUUGGCUCCAUACGUAGAUUUGUCAGCUCAGUUAUGUUUGGUUGUAAGUUCUGCACAACAUAAACUUUAACUUUUUCUCAUUUGACAUAUAUUAAUUGUGCAGAAGCUACAAAGCUGUCUUAUUUAUAUGUGCUGUGCUUGACUGCUUUUCAAAUAGUAAUCUGUUUCAAAUGCUCUAAACAGCUGGAUUUAACAACUCCCUUUAAUAAUCAAUACUUUAUAGGAUAAUCAAGGUUUUUUAAGAAAAAGAUCAUACCACAUAUCCCAUCAUUUUUUCCCAAAUGCAUUUGUAAAUGUUAUACUUUAUGCACUUCUUAUCAUGUCUCAGAGCUUUUUCUUUUAUAUGGUACAGUAUACAAAUUUUUUUCCUUUUUAGUUUUUAUUACAUUUUGUGAGCCAUUGAAAGUGGCUCACAUGGUUUGUGUUUAAGAUUUUCUGGUCAAACUGCUACAAACAGAUCUCACUUUGGGUGUGGACACUGGGCCUCUGAAUGACUUAACCACUGAUCAAAUAAAAUGGGUGCAACACUAAACAAUGUUUAUUCCUUUAA